AUGCUAGUGGUGGAUAGUAUUGGCCGAAGUGGAGGUUUGGCACUACUAUGGAAGGAUGAAGCGGGCAUUGAAAUCCAGAACUACAGUCAUCGGCAUAUAAAUGCGACUGUGAAACCGAGUAAUCUGCCUCCAUGGACUUUUACGGGCUUCUAUGGCCACCCGGACACACAAAAAAGUGGCCCGGUGUUUACGUGGAAUAAUGGAAGAGAAGGUGCUGACUUUACGAUGGAAUGGCUGGAUAGGGUGGUUGUCGCAUGGCACACCCUUUUCCCCAACGUGGAGUCGUCCAUAGAGCUGGCCAUUUUUUCAGAUCACUUACCAAUUCUCAUCAACCCAAGUGGAAGUUGUAAAGUACGAAGGAGAAGGAGGGAUUUUCACUUUGAGGCUGAAUGGGGGGAGAAAAAGGAGUGUAAAGAAGUUAUUAAAAAAAUUUGGAGGGUAAAGGAGAGGGAGCAGGGUACGUGGAUAGCAGUGGAAAAAAAACUGAAGAAAAGCAAGGGUGGUUUACUGCAGUGGCAGAAGGUAAAUAGAAGACAAAUUGGGCAAGACAUCCAAUUGCUGUCCGAAAAACUGAUUUCUGAGCAAAAGAAGGGGGAUUUUGUGGACAGGUCAAUUCUGCUCAAGCUGAAAUCAGACCUGGCAAAGCUGCAAGAUGACGAAGACUUGUAUUGGCGACAAAGGGCAAAAAUUGAAUGGAUGAGAGGCGGGGAUCGGAAUUCAAAAUUUUUCCAUGCUUGUGCCAAUCAAAAAAAGAAGGCAAAUUUGAUCAAUUGA